GGCCGUGCCCGGCGUCCCGUACGGCCAAGAUGGCGGCGCGGUUCCCCCUGCUCGCCAUCCUUCUGCUCCUGCUCGCCCUCGCCCGCCCGGCGCUCGCCGCCGCGCAGGAGGCGGAGGGCGCGGCGGCUGCGCCGCAUCGCCGCUUUGAGUACAAGUACAGCUUCAAGGGGCCGCACCUGGUGCAGGCGGACGGGACGGUGCCGUUCUGGGUGCACACGGGCAAUGCCAUACCGAGUGCAGAUCAGAUUCGUAUAACAACAUCUUUGAAAAGCCAAAAAGGGUCAGUGUGGACAAAAAACAAGUCAAUAUUUGAAUAUUGGGAAGUCGAAGUGACCUUUCGAGUUACAGGAAGAGGCCGCAUUGGAGCUGAUGGACUGGCAGUCUGGUUUACAGAAGAGCAAGGCUUGGAAGGUCCUGUUUUCGGGGCAGCUGAUAAAUGGAACGGUGUUGGAAUUUUCUUUGAUUCUUUUGACAAUGAUGGAAAGAAAAACAACCCUGGAGUGAUUGUUGUAGGCAACAAUGGAAAGCUUCUGUAUGACCAUCAGAAUGAUGGUGCCACACAAGCCUUGGCCUCCUGUCUGAGGGACUUCCGGAACAAGCCCUACCCCGUGCGAGUGAAGAUCACCUACUACAGAAAAACCCUGACUGUGUCAGUGAACAAUGGCUUUACUCCGGACAAGGACGACUAUGAACUGUGUGCAAAGGUGGAGAACAUGGAGCUGCCCUCACAGGGGUACUUUGGAAUAUCUGCAGCAACGGGGGGACUCGCAGAUGAUCACGAUGUCCUGUCAUUUCUGACCUUCCAGUUGACUGAGCCUGGGAAGGAAGUACCAACACCAGAUGCAGAAAUUCCUCAAAAAGAUAAAGAGAAGUAUCAAGAAGAGUUUGAACACUUUCAACAAGAAUUGGAUAAAAAGAAGGAAGAAUUUCAAAAGGAACAUCCUGAUGUGCAAGGACAGCCAGCGGACGAUGCCUUCGAAACUGUGAGUGAUCGUGAAUUGAGGCAGAUCUUUGAGGGGCAGAAUCGAAUUCAUCUGGAGAUCAAACAGCUUAACAGGCAGCUGGACAUGGUUCUGGAUGAGCAGAGGAGAUACGUCUCUGCAGUCACAGAUGAGAUUGCUAAGAGAGGAGCUGCUUUGCCAGGUCAACAAGGACAGGUUUCCCAGCAAGAGAUUGAGACAUUUGUGAAAACUCAGGAAGAAGUCAUUAGACAAGUAAAUGAAAUAAGAAAUUCCGUGGCUGAUACUCUGAGGUCCAUCAGUGGAGCUCAACACCCCGGCUCUGCAGGAGCCUAUGAGACAACUCAGCACUUCAAUGACAUCAAAGAACACCUUCAUCUAGUGAAGAGGGACAUUGAGCAUUUAGCACAACGAAAUAUGCCAUCCAGUGACAAACCCAAGUGCCCAGAGUUGCCAGCGUUUCCCUCGUGCUUAUCUACAAUGCAUUUCAUCAUAUUCAUGGCAGUGCAAACAGUGUUAUUCAUUGGCUAUAUCAUGUACAGGAGCCAACAAGAAGCAGCAGCCAAAAAGUUCUUUUGAUGACCUGUUCCUUUUGUGUGUACAUAAGAGCAGUAUGUAUGCACAGAAAAUUCUACACUUGUGUAAAUGAGGGAAAUUCUAGUGUUCGAUACACGUCAAUAUUGUAAAUUAUUGAAUUUUGUUAAACAAAAUGAGUUCUUAUUUAAAUGGUUGAUGCUAAAGCUAAAAACAGACUGUGGAGCAGCAGAGCAAAUGCUGGAUGGGGGAAGACUGCAGCCCCUGUCUAGGUCUGUGUUUUCAGCCACCUUUCUCAUCAGUACAGAAAGGCAAAUGCCCAAUUCCUCUGCUUUUGUUGGGAUUCCAGAGGAGGGAAUUGAAGGUUUGGGGAUUGUUCACAGUGUGAUUUGCAGAUGGAUGAUUCGUGCAGACAAUUUGCUACCAAGUGUUCUGACAUACCAGUUAAAAAAAAAGGGGGGGGGAAAGAAGACAAACCCCCCCGUUCUUCUGUAAUUUUUUUGGCGAGUAAAAAUUUAUUAUAAGCAUUUUAUUUGUUUACCACUUGGAUUUAAAAGUAUAAGAAUAUUUUUGUUAAUUCUAACUCUUUAUGAAAUACAGAUUUAAACACUUUUUAAUAUGUGAACACAAAGACUCUGACUGUUGAUAUAAAAAAACAAAUUAUACAGAACAAGCAAAGAAAGCCUUAUGUUCUUAUUUUGGCUUUUGGUUUUAGGCAGUGAGAGAAAAUGUGAUAAAGUAGUUUCUUCAAGUAUACUGUGGGCCUGAUUUCUUUUUUUUGUAGUUUCAAGUCUGUCUGUAAUUUUGUUUGGAGAUUUGUGGAACUUUUCCAGCAAAGAUUAUUGCUUUAUACCUCUUCAAAUCUGAUUUUAUUAAGGAUAUGUUUAGUGUAUGGAUAUGUCUUUACUUUUAUAAAGCUGUCUUGUGUCUUUCAUGUAUCAAAUACAGAUGCUUUGAUUUAAAUCUGGACAUGGCAAGUGUUCUAAAGUACAGGUAUUAGGUGUUAAACCAUUUCUUCACAAGGUGUUGUUUCAGACAUGUUUGUUAAUCCAGGAGCUAUUGUAGAACCAGUAUUUUGUGUCAAUUCCUGCUUUAAUAUCAAAAGCAUAAGGCUGAACAUGUGGUUUGGAUACUGCUUAUCAAAUGAACAUUUUGCUUCAAGAAAGGAAAAAGCAGAGAGCCAAAUUUAGGAAUGUGAAAUUAAAUCAUUUUGCCUUGUUUACAUAUCUGUGGUAACUUUGUCCUUGAGUUUUGUGUGUAGGGUUAGAAUAGGUAUUUUUGUGGAUUUUAAAAAUUCUAUAAAAUACACAAAUGCAUCAGAAUAUUUCACUUUUAACUAUUAAUUUGUUUGUCUGAAUCUGCAAAAAUUCUCUGUUCUCUAACAUACUAUACUGCAUUUCUAUAGUCUGCUUACUCCCUUGGAGUGCAACACAUGCUGCCAAGUUCACUGUAAUGAAGAACACUUCAGUAUUGUGCCUGUCAGUUUGGAGGGAUGAUAUAUCUAUGCAAUAUAUUCUGCUACUUAAAAUACAGAGUCCAAAAAGUGAAUGCCUGUGCUGUACCCAGAAAAGAAUCCUGCCUACACCCCAGUUAACACGUCUGCAGGAUGUAGUGUUCUGUAAGGGGGGUAGCUUUAGAGAUUCAUUUCGAAAUUGGAGAAGAUUUUACUGCACUAAUUGGAGAAACUACUGCCUCAGGCUAGUCUUGUGGGAUAGAUGGGGAAAUCAAAGCAGAAAACCUUUCAGAGAAGCCAGAGUAACACAUCAGAAUUUGUCUGUUCAGUUCUUUCAACACCAGCAGAUAUUUACAGGUGCCUUGAGUCUAAGCUAUUACAACCCUGACUCUUGUAACUAAAUCUAUUUUCUUAACUUUUUCUGAAGCUGUACAGUGUUGUUCCUCUCAACCACAGGCCUUCUCCCACCAGUGCAACAUCCCAGCAGAGCUGCUCCUCUCACAGCAGGCUUUGCAAGGCCCUUGGACAGCAGGGCUUGCCAGUGUGUUUGUAAGUGGGUGCCUGUGGGGGGUACUGAGGAGCAGCUCUGAUGUAUCCAUUGGGAAAAGCCUGGAUUUUUGUUACUGUGAAUUUACCCAACCAUAACUCUGUUCUAAAGCUGGAGCAGCCCAUCCUUCUGGUUCUUUUGUCAGACAGAAGAGAAGGCUGGGCAUGUCUAGGGGAAACUUGAAGCCUACAGUUGUCCCUUCAGUAGGAGGCUCAGCUCACGUGUUUGUGCUGCUGCUGGAUCGGACACGUCUCCCACGGGCAGCGGGGAAACUUCUGCUUUAGGGAGCAAGUGGUCCAGAGCAGAACACCAGACAGCUGAUAACUUUGCUUCAUGCUUCAUUCCACAGUUGCCUCUCCUUGGAACUCCCAUAAUUGCCUCAGCACUCACUGGAUCUAAAGAAAGCUCCCAAUUGCCCAGCUCCAAUUUCGUCCUGCCUGUCCUCGAAGUGAUAGAACAAAUUUGGACUGUAAGAAUAUUUGUCAGUCAAGCUGGCUACCAGAAGUUUCUUUCAACACUGGUAGUGUGGUUCUUUUCUUAUCAAGUAAGAUUUCACAACUAGGAGGAGAAGACAACUUGGAAUCCAGUUUGACAGUAUGAGGGAGAACAAGUCUAAUAAUUAUAUUUGAAUUGUGGAUGAUAAGUAGCAAAUACUUGGCAGUGACAAGAGAAUCUGAUUGUCCUGGUCAGGGUAUAUUAAAUACAUGGUCACAUCUGAAUCUUUCAAAAGUAAAAUGCACAAUACGGUUUGUAAAUCACCUGUUUUACAGUUUGUAGUUUACCUGCUAUGGUUUGUAACUUGCUCUUUGAAGAAAAUUUGACAUUUCUCAAUGGAUCAAUUACUGUAACAGAAGAAUUGUCUACUGGUUUGUUUUUUUUAUUUUAAAUUCAAACGGCUGACAUUUUCAUAUAUUUGUUUCUGACUAAUGUAAAUUGACACUUGGAGUUCAGAUAUAACCUUAUUUGAAUAAAGAUGCAUAUUUUUAGUAA